AUGACUAUUAAAUUGGUGGUGGGUGAGUGUACUUUAAAUGUCGUUAGCGCGUACGUGCCGCAAGUAGGCUUGGAUGAGGAGAUUAAAAGGCGCUUUUGGGAGGGGUUGGAUGACAUCGUUCGUAGUAUUCCGCCUUCCGAGAGGUUAUUCAUAGGAGGUGACUUAAAUGGUCAUAUUGGGUCGUCUGCAGGUGGUUAUACUGAGGUGCAUGGCGGCUUUGGUUUCGGGGAGCGGAACGGAGGGGGCACUUCGCUGUUGGACUUUGCCAAGGCAUUCGAUCUAGUGAUUGCGAACUCAAGUUUUCCGAAGCGGGAGGAGCAUUUGGUUACUUACCGAAGCUCGGUGGCGAAGACUCAGAUUGACUAUCUCCUUCUCAGGAGAUGCGAUAGAAGGUUGUGCGAGGGUUGCAAAGUUAUCCCAGGUGAGACCCUUGCAACGCAACAUAGGCUUUUGGUGAUGGACAUUGGUAUUAUAAUAAGGAGGAAGAAGAGGUCAAUACGAGGCCGCCCGAGGAUUAGGUGGGGCGCCUUGACUAAGGAUAAAGCUCAGGAGUUGGAAGGAAGGUUAUUGGCAAUGGGAGCUUGGAGAAGUAGUGGGGACGCAAACACUAUGUGGUCGACGACGGCGGACUGUAUAAGGAAGGCGGCGAGAGAGGUGUUAGGGAUAUCUUCGGGCCGCGCCGGUGGCCACAAAGGAGACUGGUGGUAG